CGCUGCAACGCCAGAAGCGGGCGCACAACAGCAUCUCUUUUUACUUUAAUCUCCUGAUGCCUCAUCGUUGCGCGCCUUCUCCACGACUUUCACGCAUGUUGUUUUUGGGUUGCCGUUGCGAUAAUUCCUCCCGGUUACUUCCAUGUUGUCGCGAACGCGCUGGAGACGAACGAGUCGCGUACACGAAUGCUAUCCUCCAUGAGCCGGAAUGGAGCUGAUCCGAGGGCUAUAACGAGCGACGACCUUUUGCGGAAUGAGGUCUCCGAGGCCAUCCACGACAUUGUUCGUCGCGCACAAGACUCCCACGAUGGCUCUACCAACGCUCUCUUCGUCGCAUACGAUGAGUACAUCAAAGACUACCGUCCAUCGCCCAGUGACGCCGCUCUCUACUACAGUUUCCUACUGCGCAUGCAGGAAUAUGAACGGGAUGGCGAGGACUUGAUGUCGCGCCUUUUCCGCGUGGUCAAGGAGGGCUUUGGUCUUGACGCCGAACUUGACGAUGAAGAGGUUGCCAGUGUCCCGAAACACCCUGAAGCGACGCGCAGAGGAGCACAGGCGAGCUUGGGACGAUACUCGCGGACUGGCAGCUUUGACUCGUUCCUUGACGGGACGGCAGACAAAGUAGCAGGCACCGACUAUGGCGAUUUGGCUGUGCGCCCGAGGAGAGUGUCGCAGCAGGAUGGGCCAAAUGGCUACGGAAACAAGGGGAGCCACCGUCGUGCCACAUCCGACACGGAAGCGCAUUCAUAUCGACCAGCACAACUCCCUGCCCGUACCAGAGUGAAUGGCACUGCGCCUCGCCGCACAAGUUCUGGACCGCAACCACCAGUCCAUAAGCGCAGCGCUUCUGUCUCGAGCCGUGGCAGUCUACGAAUCCGAAGAGGUGGACCUACCCACUCAUACAGAACUGGCACUCACGAUGCAGAUGAGAGCGACUUCACCGAUCGCACUGCGAGCCUCGACCUCUCCUCCAUUCAGAUACCAGGAGUCAAUGCGCCGAUACCUAACGAUCCUUACGACUCCCCGCACCAGCGCCGCCUACGACAAUCGGAGCAACAACCUCAACAUCAGCAGUAUGUUCCCGAACCGUUUCGACUAUCAGAUACCCGAUUGAUGGACGAUGCGGAAACUUUCGAACAUCAACGAGUACACAGGGUAAAGAGAGAGUGUUUUGGAAUAUGGCGUAAUUGCACACAAGAGCGCAUGAGUCUGCGUGACGACAUGGAGAAAGCUGCCAUCGCCUUCGAUCGUCGCGUCUUGCUCAGAGCCUCGCUCCUGCAACUACGAGACACAGCGCUUGUGAGGCGUUCUGGUCGAGAGACCAAUCGCUUCUUCGAACGGCUAGAAACUCGUGCAGACAAGGCUCGCAGCCUCUUCCUGCUCACCAAAGCCUUUACACAUUGGGCAAAGUGCGCGGAAGAUGAAGUGCAGCGUACAUCAGUGGCGCGACGGCACAUUCUACGCACUCGAUUCUUCAAUGGGUGGCGCGACAUCACAGCAGUUAACGAGCUCAAGAUCCAGCACUUUGCUCUGGCCAAGUUCCUCUGCAUAUGGCGAACACGCGCAGCAGAAGUGCGUGAUAGGGAUCAGUUUGCCGAAUCCUAUUAUGAAGAGAAAAUCGUCAGGAAGUCGUGGAAUGCCCUGAACAAUGAGUAUCUCAACAGAGGCGCAGCAAACUGGCAUGAUACAAGAACGGCAAGAACAACACUGCAAAAAUGGCGUGAGAUUACUGAGAUCAUGAGGGAGCGGAACACGUGGGCAACCGAUCGACGAGAUGGGACGCUGCUGCGGAAGACAUUCCAGAUGUGGCAGCAGAAGACAGUGGGAGAAAAUGCUCUUCAAUCACAAGCGGACCAAUUUCGACGUAUCUCCCUCCUUUCAACGGCACUCCAUACACUUCAGAAGCAGGCGCAGCUUGAGCCACUAUCGCGCCAGGUCCAAGCGCGUGUCAACGGUCGCUUGCUUCGUGCGAAAUUUCAGGAUUGGCGUAAAGACGCUCAGCUAUCACGUCAAGCAAGCAAUGUCGACCGUAUGCGCGUGUUACGCAACGCUUACACUGCCUGGAACGAUAGACUGCGUAUCAAAGCAUUGGAGGAUCGAAUCAAUGACCGCGUCAUUGUUGAGUGCUUGUACAAAUGGACUUUGGCAUCUCGAGUAUCCCUCUUCCAACGUGUUCAUAAUCGGCAACUCAAAGAGUCAAUAUUUCUAUCCUGGGUCACCAAGACCAACCAGCGUGUCAACACUCUUGACGCUGCGGAGAUUCGGUUCGCCCAGUUCAAACGUGCUCAGCUAAUGCGGACAUGCUUGCGUAAGAUGGAAGCCAUCACUACGGAGAGGCGACGGGAGCAGUUCGCUAUCAUAGCCGAGUAUCAGCAAAAGAUCAAGCAGCGUACAUUUGACAAACUCAAGGAGAGGCUAGCGCACUUUCAAGAGUUGAAGCAAUGGUCUGCCGAUGCGCGCUUCUAUGUUCUUAGCAAGCAUACACUAAAGACAUGGAGUCAAGCCACUCAACAUGCACGUCGCAACCGCAGACGCGACACAUACUCCCAAGUCCGUAGAACGGUCAAAACGAAUCUUGUGCGCAGAGUCUUUGAGCACUGGAGGCAUAAGGCAAAUCACAUUGCAGUGCUGACACGAAGAGCAAACGACAUGAUCGAAAACCGCACUCUUCAGACCAGUGGUGCAAUCAUGCAUCAAUGGCACGACAACACGCUCAUACUUCGCCAACAGAAUGCUCAAGCCAUGAGCCUCUACACAUUCAGACUUUCCGCUCGUUACUUUGCCAUUUGGUCUCAACGCUUGGACCUUAUACAUACACUCGAAGACCAAGCUGUGGCUUUACGGCAGGAAAGCACGGAGAUUGCUGCUACAGGUGCUCUCAAGAAGAUGGGCUGGAGACUUUGGAACUUCCAAAGACAAGAAGACAAUGCCAGGGCGUUGUUUGAGAGAAACUUUGAGAAGCACGUUAGAGCUAUGGUUCGUUUCUGGGCAGAGCGGGCUACUGAACGGCUUGGCCAUCGACCUGCGAGUCCAACGCCUUCCAGUAGGUCGAGAGUACGAAGACUCGAUGACGGCGAUGGCAACAACGGAGACUUCCAUACCCGCGACGGUGACAAUGAUCCCGGGCAAGAUGGCUUUCAGCCAUCAGGUGACGAAACGCAACGACUAGAGGCAUGGACAGCUUUCGAUGAGAGCGCUCUAGGUCUAGAUAACGAUCUCGACCUCUCCCUGUCCCUCACACCAGAACAACCACCACGACAGCCAACCCUCACCCCCAAACCCUACGCUCCUGGUCCUUCUCCUGCAUCAAUUCGUCCACCAGGCUCCAUCCUGCGCCGACCAAACACAUAUCCGCAACCACAAUCCGCAGUUCGGCCACCGCCAGCCACCAUCAUAGAAGACGACGAGUCCGACCUCGACUUCGGCGAGGGCGCACAGUCGACCUUCUGGUCCGGAACACCUAUGCCACCUCCUCCAAGCAGUAAGCCAGGGUACCUCAAAACACCCAGUAAACGCAGCGUCGUCCGGGCCAAACGUCCUGAACUACCUGCUAGCCCUGAGAAACAACGUGUUCUGUCUCCUGUGCGUCGGCCAUUGGGCUCAUUACUGGAACGGGAGAGAGGGUCGCGACUAGGUACUAUGAGCGCGCCGCCUAUACAGAGCAGUAGAGAUAACAAGCUUGGGGUUGGUGGUGUGACGAGUUUUGAAAGGAGGUUACGAGAAGGGGGAUUUGGGGGUAGUGUUGCUGCUGGGGGCAGUGCAAUGAAGAGGGGGAGGAGGGGAGGUGGCAGGGCUAGAGUGGGGUUUGGAGAG